GUAAAUUUAUCUUCCUUUCCGGGGAAGGUGAUGUGGCAUCUGCAUGAAGAAUAUGCUAACGGGAAUCCUAUCAAUUGUGUUUUAUCAAAGAAAGAGUUUGAGAUAGAUGCUGAUGAAACUGUAAACAUUGAAGCAACAAUUAGUGUCAGCGAAUUGGGAAUACAUACGCUACCGAUAUUAUUUAAGGUUUACGGGGCAAAGCCUAUGGAACUCCUAACAAUAACCUGUAAUGGACAAGAACCUGUGGUUUCGUUUGAACCACCCGAGAUAGAUUUUGGUAAGAUAUUAUUGUUAAGAGAGUGGAAUAAAGAAUUGUCGGUUGUCAGUGAUUCUCCAACAGAAGCAAAUUUAGUUCUUAAAGUGCCUGACAAAUCACGCUUUGCAUUGAAUAAAGAAGAAGUUAACAUUCCCCCACAAGAAACUGCCGUUAUUAAUGUGACCUGCUAUUUAGUAGAUCCAGGACCUUCCAAAGCAUGUAUUUCAGUUCGUAAUGGUAGUAAAGAAUAUAAAGUACAACUAAAAGCCUUUGGAUACGGUACUUCUAUUGGAGUAUCCCCUCCAAUCGAUCCGGAAAUUGAUCUUGGCUUCAUGCUGACUAGAACCACGUACAGAGUCCCUAUAACAUUAAGAAAUGAAGGAGGCAGAAUGCACAAAAUUAUGUUGACACGUAACGCCAACAACAAAGCCAUGAAAGAAGAAACUUCAGAAAAUAAAAUAAAAUCAUUUUUUCAGUUUGACCCACAUGCUUUUACUUUAGACAACGCUUGUAAAAGUAUAACCAUUGAAAUAGUUGCUACAAGCAAACAGCCCCAAAUAGUAGUUGAAGAUUUUUACUGUUUUGCAAACAUUGGAGGCAAAAUUGAAUUAAUAAUGUCUUCGUUGGUCAAAUCAAACUUCAUCGACCCGUCUGUUAAAACCUAUACCUACAAUGUAGAAAGUGAUUUAAAAAUAUUCUUUUUAGAUGAAAUUGACAUAAUGAAUAUUAACCCCAUACCAAUGUACAUUGAUUUAAUUGUCACAGAUCCAUUUACAUUUUCUGUUGAUGACAGCGUUGUAACUCGGCACAGACUUACACUCAGUGUCAACGAAACUUUUAAAUGCAUUGUGAAUUUUACUCCACCGGAACAUAAAAGACGAAGUUUUAGUAUUAACUCAAAUCUUCAAGUACAUUUUAUUGGUCAUGUCAAAACGAUGAAUAUACCAAUUUGUGGCUAUAUAAGUUACCCUACGGUGGCUUUGGUGCCAAAUGAGAUUAUAUUUGAAAAUAUUAUUCCUUCAUCCGAGGGUAGAGAAAAAAUCACAUUACGUAAUAUCAGUGGUUUACCAGUUAAAUUCAAAUGGAUCACACAAGAGCAAAAAACAGAAUUAACAUUGCUAAAAGACUCAAUUUUGGAUAUAGAAAGUGAAAGAGAUAUAUUUAGUUGUGGCACACACAAUCUAACAAUUGUUAGUGAAAUAAAUCCUGCUAUGAGUACAAUGAAAGUGAACGAUCCAAAUCUUACUCCUGCACAAAUAGAAAAUUUAUUACUGUGUAGUGGGGAUAACGAUAAAGUACAACCAAAGUCUACUCAAUUGGCUAUUCAAGUAUUACCCCCAUUUUCUUCCACAAUAGAACGUAAUAUAACAGAAAGAAAAGAAGAAACAAAAUUUGAAAUGAAACGAUUGCUGUCUCCUCUUUUACAUAAUCGAAUGUAUUAUCCGAAAAUGAGUGGCAUAAAGAGUGCCGAAACAAGUGAGGAUUCAUCUGUUGAAACCAGUUCAUCGAACGGUGUGGAUCCAGACUUAAGUUUGGAUGAGCCGUUUCAAUCAAAUAUGGACCUAUUAUGUAGAAAAGGUAAAAAUCUGAGUGGAGGUGAUGUCGACGAAGAAAAUGCAAUAACUAAAAGAAACAAGGACAAAAGGGAUGAACCUAAGAUGUUCAAAAAUUUGUUCAUAGAACCAUGUGAAGGAUUUUUGAAACCUUUUGAAAGUUGUGUAAUUAAUUUAGGUCUUGUUAUGUCACAAAAUACGAAAAUGAAAACUGAAAUAAAAUGCAUGGUGGAAGGGGGCGAGGAGGAAGUUUUAAAAAUAGAAGCUACCUGCACGCAAUGUAAUUUUAGAUUGAGUACCCGUCACCCUUCUCUAGGACGGCAACUUUUCUGCGAAGAGGGUAAAACAGAAUUGCAAAUAAUAAACACGGGAUCGUCUCCGUUUACUUACAACAUUUACACAAUGGACGACAUGGGGUUUCCCAAUUUAAAUCUUUGUAAGGAUCAGGGAUCUUUAAAUUUCAAACCACAGACUGGACGUUUAAAAAUAGACGCUAUGGCAGAUAUAGUUUUGUCUUAUGUCCCGGAGAAUGUCGGUUAUUUCGAAAAAGAGUUCUUGAUUCAAGUGGCACAGUUAGAGCCAAUUAAUAUCAAACUUGAAGGUUUCGGCGUGUUUUCCCAAAUUCAUAUUGACCAAAAGCGUGAGAAAAAUGAAAAAAUGAAAGUGGAGGAGGAAUAUUUUGCUAUUGGAAAUAUAACGGAUCAGUACAUUGAAAGCAUGGUUGGUAUACCCAACAUAGAUUCAGAAAUAUUAAAUAAAAACGGUAACAUGAUCGUCGUGCCUGUUGAUUUUGUUAAAAUGGUAGAGCAAGGUUGGGAUAUUGUAGGAUUAAAUGAGCAUUAUCCAUCAGUUCUUGACAUAGAUAUGGCAAUAGAAAGAACGAGUGCCUUCAAGAAUUUCGCUUCGACCCAAUAUACUAUUUAUGAACACAAUCCAAAACGGAAAGUGCCGUGGAUUCCCGGUUUACAAGUUUCGGCAUACAUAAUAGAUUUUGGUUAUUGUUUAGUAAACUCACCUGUCACAAAAGAGUUUACCAUAACUAACUAUGGACCGAAUAAAACAACUGUGUGGUGCAAAAACGCAGGUAAUUUAUUUUCACAUGGAUUCCAGUUGAAAGUUAAACAAAUGGUCCUGGAGGUUGGUAAACGGUUAACUAUUCCAUUAACAUUUGUUCCAAGCCCGAAAGCUUGCAAAACAAUGAACGUUGAUAUCUGGGAAAGCUUUCAACUGACGGUAUCACAUGGAGCAACUAUACCUAUUAAACUACACGCCAUUAUUAGUUAUCCAACAAUAAAACUCAACCAUUCGUGCGUAAAUUUUGGAAUAUUAAUCGGGGGUGAGUGCUUACUUAAAACAAUUAAAAUAACCAACAGUGGACACUUAGAUUGUCAGUGGAAUGCAGUGAUAGAGUUUCCUAAGCCCAAAAAGAAACAAUCAUUUUAUUUAGGAACAGCAUCAGGACAUCUUAAUGCACAACAAUCAACAUUAUUGGAAGUGUUUUUCCAACCAUCCAGUUCAGGACCAUACGCUUGCAAUCUUGUGAUUUCCAUAAAGCAUAACCAAGAAUUGGUUAAGAGCAAGCUUAUUGGUUACUGUAUGAUGCCCACCUUGGCAUUUAGCUCAAUCAAUCUUAAAUUUAGAAACACUAUUCCUUAUUAUAACAGUGACUACUUAUUUACGGUCAUUCAGAACGUCAGUCCUUUUCCUGUUGAAUUUGCCUUUAUGGAUUACGAUCAUCAAUUUCAAGAAGAAAACUUUUUGAUUAAUUUGUUUUUGACUUUUAAUAACCUUAAACAAGUGCUUAUACCUCAUCAAAAAGUUGGCGAUCUCCUCCCAGCCAUGUUUAAAGAAAACUACGAAAAAAUUUUGGAGCUCUUUGAAGAUGAUCAAAAAACAGAUGAAGAGGACAAUGUUUCUAAUAUAACUGACAAUUCAAAAGCAGCUAGUCGUGAUACUGUUACGUCAGAAACACUAAUAAGAAAAGUCCUUUUACACGAAAAGAUCAAUCAAGAUGAAAUAAUGCAUUUUGCCAAGAAACAAAAAAAGUCUAAUUUGUCAAGCAAGGGAGAACCAAGUAAUCGCUAUAUGACAAUAAAUCCACACCCACCUGUUGUUGAAGAAUCAGAAAUUAAGAGUAUGAUGUUUGUAUUUCACGGACAUCCGGAAACGGGUUAUUAUGCGGCAGCUAAUAGAACCGGAAAACAAUUAAAUUUACCUGUAUACGGCAUAGAUAGGUUAAUAUUCGAGUGUUUAACAUCCCAAUGUGUGGAAGCUGCUAAAACUUUAUUACAAAUUAUUAAUACUGAAUUUGAUGAUGUAGCAUCAGAAGCAGACAUGACAGCGGUACUCAAUGAAGAUGAGUAUGACAGAAUUUUUCUAAAAGUUGAGCUACUUUUGACAGAUAAAGAGAAGAAACCAAAAAAGGUUCCAUCGCAAAAGAAACAGGAAUCCGUCAAAUCCAAAAAAUCUGCAUCCAGUAAAUCGACGAAAUCAUCCAAGUCUGCCAAGUCAUCAAAAACGACUAAAUCAGAUAAGUCGGGAAAGAAAAAACCAAGUAAAAGUGGUGACACAUUUCUAAAAGUUGAUUGGAAAUUAUUUUACGAAAUGUUAAAAUAUAAAAUUAGUGAAUUGAAAACUGGAUUGGUUAUAGAAAGUUUGAGAAGUAACUUCAUGAAAAAUACGUCGAUUGCCCUAAACUGUCUAUUGAAAGCAGCAGGAAAUAUUCACUACAUUCAUUUCAUUGUUUUUUCAUACACAUACGCCGAUUAUACAUUAGUUCAAGAGAUGAGACUGAAGCUGGAAGAAGAAAGGAAAUUGAAGGAAAAAGAAGAAAGAUUGCAAGCUCUUCUCGACAUGGAUCCCGAUAAAUAUGCUGAUUUGCCUUUCGAAGAUAUCGCAUUGCUUGAUGAACAUUUUGAAAAGGAGCGACUUGAAAUUUUGGAACGAAGAAAAGCCAGAGAGAAAAGGAAACUGGAAAAACUGAAGCCACCAAAGAAAAAGCAAGAUAAAAAGGGAGCAGCGGAUAAACCAAAAAAAGAACAGAAAGGAAGUAAAGAGACUAGCAAAAAAAGUAAGAGUGCUAAAAGCAAGUCUAGUGAAGAGAGCAAGAAAAAGGAUAAGAAAGCGAAACCGAAACUUUCCGCUGAAGAACAAGCGACCAAAUCAUUGUUUGAUUAUUACGAGGAUUUGACUCUAGAAAUCAUACAUGUUGCAGAAUAUUGGGAUAAAGUUACUGGUGAGCUGACAAAGCCCUACUCAAAACAGAAAAAAGCUGCACCUGCCAAAGGCAAAGGAAAAGACAAAGACUCCAUUCCUAAAAGUUCUAGAUCUGCUCUGCCUGUGGUUAAUCAAUCACAUAUAGGUCUGCCAUGUUGGUUGAUUAACAAAGCUUUUCCCGAGCAUAACGAAAUUUUUAAUUGUAAGGAGUUGGUAUCAGAAUUUUUAGCUGCAACACCAUCUGUUAAGGAAGCUCUUCAGGAAAUAGAAGAAGAGAAUUCUAACCCUACCAAAGAAUAUGAUAUUAAAUACACAGUUAUUAAACCAUUUUAUUAUAUCAAAGAUGUAUCAGAGAUAUUUCUUCUCUCUAAUGUACUCGAUGAUUCAUACUCCUCAAUAUCAACCAUAUCUGAAGCAUACCAUCAAUCAAAAAUGAAAAGAAGUUCAAUAUUUGGAAGUGAUAUUUUUCUAUCAGUGGAAUCUGUAAUAAGUCGAGGGGUUUUAGAUCAAAAGGUUAAUUUUUUAUCAAGAGUAAUAUUAAAUCCGGGUGAUAUGAUAAAUUAUAAAGUUUUAUUUAAACCUGUGGUCACUGAAUCGUUUAUUUAUAAAUUCAAUAUUCGAAUAAAAGGAUGUGAUCAAACAACAGGGAUUUUAUGCCAAGGCGCUGGUCAAAUACCUAUAAUUGAUAGGUCAAUGAAAGGAAUGUUCAGAGAAAUAUUUGACGCCGGCGGAAAUUUUACAAUCGAUGAAGAAAACAAUAUUAUUGAUUUAGGAGAAAAUAUACAAUGUGGAUCUGAUAUUAACAUCCCUAUGAAUUUUGAUAAUCCAAACGAGGAGGAGGUGCAGAUGACGUUUCACUUUGAAAAUAAAAAUAUUUUCAAAUGCGAGCCCGUCUUAAUACUACCGGCAGGCGAAAAGGGGAAGAUGCGUUUGAAAACGAGCCAAGCACGACUGGGCAGUUUCAGUGAGAGGCUUUAUGUGGGAAUUAAAGACAACCCAGAGGUUACGUACGUUAAUUUAAGAAACAAAGUAUCCAAGUUUGUUUUUGAAGUGACACCACAAUAUAUUUACUUUGAUAAUAUCUGUCUGGGAUUGGAAGACACUAAGGAAAUUCGUUUUUCAAAUAAAUCUAAACUGAAGUGUGUUUGGAAAUUUUCAUCACCUGAUGAAUUGUUUACGAUAUUUAAGGUUGAGCCUGGUUUACUUGGUAGUAUUGAUGGCCUAACCGAUCUUACAGUUCGUAUAAAAUACCAACCUAAAAAGAUUGAAGUUAUUAACAGAAUACCGAUAAAUGUUGAGAUAUGUGAUUAUAAUGGAAUAUAUAGUGAUGCAUUGGUACAAACCACGAUAAUGUUAAGUGCAGAUUCAUCUGAUGUAACAUUGGACUACAAAAAUAAUUUAGAGCUGGGUAAUAUUAAAGCUAAACAGGAUCAUUUAUUACCUUUUUCCAUUACUGCAAAAGGAAGGGUACCCAUUAGAAUAAAGUAA